AUGCAGGAGAUGAUGGAGCAUCCCGAGUUGCUGGAGGCUGUGGACAUGGCUGGCUGGACACCUCUACAUAUAGCAGUUCAUGUCGGCAGGAGGGAGGUGGUCAUCAGACUGCUUCAGGCCGGUGCGAAGCUCAAUCAGAGGAACAGCAAAGGGCAGGUGCCGUCAGAGCUUUGCGCCGACAAUGGCACCUACGAGGCUAUCCGCUCCUAUGAGCUGCAUCAGCAACAGUCACCGCAUGACACUUGGGACUUCCCUUUGGACUCCAACCAAGCUGAGGACAUUGUGGGAAGUCGCUUGCAGUAUGAGCCCUUCUUUGUGCCGAGACAACCUGUCAUACGGUCACAGCAGUUCAAGAAGGAGUUUCAACGCAUUGGCACUCUAAUCUUCAACCGCCAGCCUGGCUUUGGCUUGGCUUUCCUGGUGGCGAGUGGUGUGGCCCGCGACUAUCCCGUGGACAUGUCCACUUUUCUCCGAAGAAGUAAAGUUGACAUAAAGCAGGUUGGGAACUUCCUGGGCGAGGCGUUCUCGCUGUCUCACACAAUACGGCUGGAGUUCUUGAAUUCUGUAGUUCUGCAAAACACUGGUGUGGUUUCUGCGCUCAUUCAGGUCUUCCAUAUGCUUCAGCUGCCGGAUGACUUGCAGAAGAUCAAUCGGCUGGUGCAUGGAGUGGCAAGGAUAUGGUGGAGGCAGCAUGAGAGGAUGCAACGAGAGUCUUCUGGAGCCAGAAACUGA